AUGGGCUCCACCCUGGCCUGGGGGCCGGGUCACCCCCCCCGGAGCCCCCUGGCCCGGCCCGGGUGGGGCCCCGGGGCCCAGCCGUGGGGAGAGGAAGGCCUGGUCCGGUGGGCCCUGCCCCUUUCCUCCCCCGGGACGGAGGCCGUGCCCCCCAAGGGGGCCGGGACGGCGGGGCCUGGGCCUGGCCCUCGGGGCCCCGGGCCUCCCCGGCCUGGCCUGGAGUUUCUGCUGGAGCUGGAGAGGAGGGGCCAGUGCGACGAGGCCCACCUGGGGCCCCUGAUGCAGCUGCUGCGCGUGCUCUCCCGGCAGGACCUGCUGCCCCGGCUCUCCCUCAAGCGCGCCCGCCCAGUGUCUCCUGAGCGCUACAGCUGUGGUCCGUCUGGCUCGGAUGGAGAGAGGCCCGAGAGUAGCUGUCUGGGCUCCGCCAGUACAACAUCCCAGCGGGCUCAGUGGGAGGCAGGUUCCCCUCCUGGGAAAAGGCAAAGGAGAAGUCUGGGCCGGUCCAGCGCCGGAGGCAGACGGCGACGGGCCCCCCAGGGAGCUUCGAGGUCCAAAAAUCCUGUCUCUUCUCCCACUGCGAGCAAAGUGACCUGUGACAUCCGCCUCCGCGUCCGGGCCGAGUACUGUGAGCACGGGGCGGCCCUGGCCCAGGGGGUGGUGUCCCGGCGGCCCCAGUCGGUGGCCCGCCAGCUGGACCUGUUUGGGCAGGCCAUGGCCGUGCUGAAGUCCCGGGACCUGGGUUCGGUGGUGUGCGACAUCAAGUUCUCUGAGCUGUCUUACCUGGAUGCUUUUUGGGGGGACUACCUGAGCGGGGCCCUGCUGCAGGCCCUGCGGGGCGUCUUCCUGACCGAGGCCCUCCGCGAGGCUGUGGGCCGGGAGCCUAUCCGCUUGCUGGUCAGCGUGGACGAGGGCGAUUACGAGGCCGGUCGGCGCCGUCUGCUGCUGCUGGGUGGCCGGCCCCCCGGGGGAGCACAGGCCCUGCCGCCACGCUGACUCGACCCCACCCAGGGCGCCGCCGGCUGCUGCCCUUGGACACCUGGGGAGGGAGCACGGCUGCCCUCCCCCAGACCCUCAUCUGACUCCUUUCUGGGCCAACUAGGAGGCGUGAGGGCGAGUCCCCUCCUCGCUGUGGGUGGGCUGGUGGGGCCCAUGAUGCUGGAACCCGGGAGGGGGAGGGGGUCUUCCUUCUGUUCUCCCCUAGUUCUGGCAAACCUGGGAUAGCUCUGCCAGUGAGGAGGAGUGCAUAUGCAGGAAUGGCUCCUGGAGACCUCUUAGGCCUCCCCCGCCCCUAACUCCCACCUCCCAGGCUUUUGUAGACACAGGCCCUGCUGGGCCCAGGCCCCUCUCCCCUAACCCAGAAACACCCCGUUCCCUGGGGGCUCCUGCCUCCCUGCUGGGCCAGGGCUCUAGGAGGGGCCGGGGCUUCAGAGUGGGCACUUGGCAUUCAUCUGGGCCAACUCCUGUGCUUUAUAGGUCAGGAAACUGAGGCCCAGAGAGGGCCGAGGGAUCGGAUCAAGCGGAUGGGAUUUAGAGGCGGGUCUGUGACUCCCAGCCCACAGCUGAUGUCUAAACCCCGGCCUUUGCAUCAGGGUCCAUAGCUUCUGUGAGAGGUUGGAACCACACUCCUGGACCUAAGGCCUCCUGAGCCUCAGUUUCUCCUUCUGUAGAAUGGAGUUGGAUUCUCUGGCCAUAGCAGUGCUUGGAAGAACCCUUUGAGGCGAUUUCAAAGGGCAGCCCCCUCAUGUGGGAAGAAGGAAGGGGGGGCAGAAGGGAGGAAGAACUUGCUCAAAGUCACAAGUUUUCAGUGGAUUUCUGUGUCUGUGACAGACUUGUGACUUUGAGCAAGGAUGCCACUUGUAGACAUCCGGGUGGCUGGGCUGGGAGUGGCGGGCCAGGGGGCCCAGGGUCCAGGGAGGCAGAGCCGGGGGCUGGAAGCCCAUGAGCCUCGGCCGGGAAGGCCCCAGAGGAAACCACCAAUUCUGCUCGAGACUUCGGUUUCUGCAUCUGGAAAACGGGUUCUGGAAGAAAUUCGGGCAGGUCCAAACUCCCGCCGUCCGUGCGUCUUGAGAGGAGGAUGUUGGCGUCAGGCCUCGGCCUGCGAACCCAGUGCGCUCCCGCCAGUUUUCUUGGGUUUGGUGUCUCGGUGCUUGGAGCUGGCCCAGGCUUGGUCCCGUGGGGGCUGCACCCGCUAGGGCUGCUGGGUGCCCAAGGCCCAGAGACCCCUCAGAUGCACCUUCGACUUUCCAAAUCAUAGAAUGGAGGGUGGCUGGGGCUUUCCAACACCCUUCUCCCAGCCACCUCUCGGGCAUCCAGUUAGUGUGUGUGUGUGAGGGGAGAGGCGGUGGGCACACGGGAGUGUGGUGGGGGCCGGGCUGCUGGAGAAGGCCACUGGGGAUCAAUAAAGAAGAGGCCUGGGAGAGGCCGAGCUUGGAAAGGAAGAUGCCUCUGGGCCUGUUU